UGCAAAGUGGAACCGUCGUCGUCAUGGGUCUCCUCUCCAAGCUCGUGCUGCCCGAGAGCGGUGGGCCCAAGGCGGCCAAGCCGACGCCAAUCGUCCAGCUGCCACUAAGCGCGUGCCUCAAGUGGCUCAACCCGCGCAGGGCCGCGCUCGGGCUGCCCAUUUAUGCCGAUACGCCUGCCCAUGGCAAAGCCAAGGUGCUGCCAAUACCACCCGUCGAGCGCCUGCGGAGCGAAAUCAUCGAUGCGGUGCAGAACCGCACCUUUGAACAAACGGCUGUGGACGACCCCACGGUGGUCGUCGGCGCGGGCGGGCGCCUCUACGCAGCCACGACCGCCAUCACCCUGCGCAAGCUCGCCCAAUACAACGCGAUUCCAUUCUCGGAUGUAUGGACUGCGAGCUACCACGGACGCCAAAUCGAAGUCGAGCACUACAUUGCGACGUGCGGCAUUGAUCCCAACAUUCCCCAAUUCGGGUAUCCAUACCAAACACCAUUGCACUGUGCCGUGAGCGGUGGUGCCACGGCAACCGCCCAGUAUCUCGUGGCCAAAGGUGCGUCGCCCGCCAAGACGGAUAUCAACGACAACACGCCGAUCCAUUUGGCCGCGCGCUGGGGCCGACUGGACGUUCUCGAGCUCUUCUUGCGCGGUCCGUCGCUUCCGCAAACGGCGUGGGUGGCGCCCAAUCGUCUGGGCGAUACGCCGAUAUACAUGGCAUCACAGCACGGCCAUAUCUCGGUCACUGCGUUCUUCAGGCUCCAUUUCGAACAGCGCGACCACGAAUGAGCCUCCAUCCAAUGCGACCUGGUUGAUGGCCGUCCAUAGUUGGGUCGCAAAAAUAAACUCAAAAUGCCUUUCGCAUACUACCUGAG